CAGAGCUUUUUCCGAUUGCGAAAAUGGCGUCGUCUGUGUUGAGGAAGAUCCUGAAAACCCUAAACCCUUCCGUCCUAGCCUCGACCGGCCGCGGCUUUAGCGCCGCCGUUGCAACCGGAAAUGUGGAACCCGAGUCUGGUUCGUUCACUUUCUCCUCGGACGAUCCUGUUCAAUCGAAACCUGUGGCGAAUUCGGAGAAGGAUGACAUGGUGUACAUCAAAGGCUCCAAGACGGCGUCUUCAUCUUCCUCCGUCACUAUGCCGAUGUCCUUCAUGACUGGUUCGAUCAUUGGGAAGAAAUUCUACAAGAAGGUGACUACAAGAGAAGCUGACGAUGGAAUUGGGUGGAACGUGAUGCUGGAUUACAGGACGCUGAAAACUCCUUCGAAGAGAAAUCUUAGGUGUUAUAAUUUAGCUUUGGCUCAAGCCAUCGCGGCUGAAUGGGAAUUUCAGGAAUCGGAUGGAAUUAGACCCUUUACAAUGCCUCUGAUGAAGCUUGCUUGUACUGCUCUGGAAAGAGUGCCUGUCACUAGAUCACAAAUAAUUGAACAUUUAAUGAGAAAAUUUCAUGAUGAUCUGGUUUUUUACCGUGCUCCAAGAGACAAUGAUAUAUCAAGGGAUCUUCGAGAACUUCAAGUGAAAAAAUUUACUCCAUUACUUAAGUGGGUGGAAUCAGAGUUUGGCUUUAGGCCUGUUGUCUUCAGUAGUUUAUUUGGUGUCAAGCAAGAGGAGGGUCUGGUCAAGGCCAUUGAGAGCCUUCUUAAGAAGACGGGUGACUUUGAACUGGCUGGAAUCGACGCAAUUGCUGCUGCAGCUCAUUCAUUAACUAUUGCUAUUGGAUUAUUCAAAGGCCAACUGAGCAUUGAGCAGGCAAUUGAGUUGAUUAGGCUCGAGGAAGAUUCACAAAUUGGCCGAUGGGGUUUGGUUGAAGGCGGACAUGAUAUUGACAUUGCUGAUCUUAGAGUUCAAAUUUCAUCUGCUGUGGUGUUUCUUGGGCUUUCAAAGAAGCAUUAGUCUGUGCAUCAUGCUCUUUAAGGCUCUUCUUUGCAGCACUGGAUGCAGAGUGGUGGCUUUAUUCUGAUGUCACAAUAACAGCAGGCUACUUCGCAGUCGCUGCUACAACCUAAGACACAAUCGGUACCCCAUGAAUGAUUCAAGUGACAUUAGGAUGAAAAUUGAUGAUAUUUCACUACAUCACCUGUUACCGAAAUAUAUCCAGAAGGUUGGAGAGUUUGAUGAUUUAGUCGGGGCGGUCGAGCAUCCACUCUAACAAGAUGAAACAGCAGCAGCAGCAGGACGAGAAACAUGAUACAUUUUGGAUGGCCUUGUGAUCUUUCUCCAGACUCCAUGGAUCUUCUUCCUUCAGCUUGUAUGUAUGCUUAUCUCGCCUCAAUGGAUCUGAUCUGAGUUGCAUAUAAGCAGGCAGGUAAUGAUCAUCCAUAAUCUGUGUAGAAUUUAAGAAUGGGGUUUGUUCUGUGCAAAUGGAAUAAGAAUUUAAGUCAUACAUGGUGUGGGGAAAUUUCUGAGAAUAUUCAAAUUCUUGGUUCCACCACAAUGUAUGCAUGUUUGCAUAUUUACAGAAUUUUCUUUUCUACAGAAAUCAUUCAGUGGAACUGUGUGUAAUCUAAUGAAUAUAUGAACAUCCAUUAAUUAAUUAUUUAAUUGUGAGUACGGAUAAGAGAAUCCACGGUUCUGAUA